CGGCAGCGCACGAGGCUCAGGAGCUCAACUCGGGCAUUCCAACAAGCUGUCGUUACAUUUCCCGAAUCCUCUCCUUCAGACACUCACUCUCGACAAGCCUCGCAGUUGAGCAUGAUACUCACGCGUCUCGCCCUAAACAUCGAGUUCGAGUGCUUGCGCCCCAUAUCUGCGGGCUUACCGGCUAUCACGAACGACCGAGAUUGAUCUACGAAAGCGACACGACAUUUUGCGAUACACUGAGGGUCUCCCCGUCAUUUCUCCAUACCAAUCACAUCCUUCUGAUAGGCAUGCGGCUGCUCUGUCAUGUUAGUUGGAGGUCGCGACAGAUGUUAGGAUGAGCUUGGACUCUAUGUUACCCAUCGCCCCGGCGAAGGUACGGGCAUUAGCGCUGCCCAUCGGCCAGAUUAAACGGGACAGGUUUGCCUCCUUCGUCCACAGGUUGAACGAGGAACAUGUCGUCCAGCUUCGCGACAUCAGCGCCGAUGGGCGACCCAACCGGAAUAUGUUCACCCCUCUCGCAUUUCCCGAUGGUGCCAUGUUCUACGAUAUCGUCACUUACAUACCACCCCCAUCUCACCUCUCCCUCGUCCCGUUCGAGCUCUACCGCGAGCCUCUCAUAAUCAUCGCCAUAGCCGACGGCCAAGAGCUCGACAACGUGGCGUUUAGUAAGAGGCAGUCGGUCAACGGGUAUGCGCCAACCAUGGUCGAGAGGAACAUCAGGACAUUAUAUCAAGAACUUGAAAGUCUGAGGGAUGCUUAUCCGAAAAUCCUCGCACACCAGGUGCUGAUAUUCGACUACGCGCCGCCGAGCGAUACCUCCAUCCCCAUCCCCGAAGGCAUUAAAACAAUUCCGCCGGUAGAGCACUCGAAGAGGACGACGAUUAGGACCAUAAUGUGUGACAUAUCUUCCAUGUUGCUGGCCGAGAUGACAACCCUGGCCAAAUCCUUCGAGGGGAUGACCGUCGUAGAUUCCCCUGGCCAGGUGCCAACGAGGCCUGGGCUAGAUGGGCCAUCCCUUUGGUCUUUAGAUGACGCGAACCCGACAGCGCGGCGGAAUUCGCAAUUUGCGAUACCUACCAUUACUAGGUCAGCAUCUACUAGCGGCGCCGCUGAUAAAACUCACGCUCGCAUGUCGAUGCCGGCGCCGUUUAAGUCUCUCCCCUUUGGAUCGAGUAAUUCAACACCCUCGGCGCGACCGACGACCCCUGUCCGCAGUGGUUUGUCUAACCCCCCCACUACGUUUGACGAUAUCGCCGACUCGGGUGGGAACAACCGCGAGGUAGCGAGCCCGGAGCAGCAGCCGUCACCUCGGCCAGGGACCGCCGAAAGCAUGAAACCACCGGCUAGUCAAGACAAGGUCUCCGUGCAAGGCUUCGGGUCCGGCAGUAUAAAUGAGAGGUGGAGGAAUAAAAGUCGAGGACGAGUGAUGAUCAUAGUGGGGUCCAUGUACCUUCAAGCAGGUCGAUGGACGGAUGCGCUAAAGGACCUAAUCGAAGGCGCAACAAUCGCGAAGUCGAUGAACGAUCAUUUAUGGCAUGGAAAAGGGCUAGAACUUAUUGCAAUCUGCCUGCUCUUGCUUGGCUGGGCUGGAAUUGAAUUCCAAGUUCCCUCGGUGUGUCUGCCCCCGAAUGAUAAGUCUAUUAGCAGUAUAUCAAAAGGGCCAGAGCUCGAAGAAGGGGACGAUGACCAACCAAAGUACAUGCGGAUCCUCCAGAACACCCUCCCGGAGCUGCUGGAGAGAAUUAUAGGGUUGUAUUCGCGGAUAUCUGGCGAACAGCUCCCUCCACUGCCAGUCUCGGAAUCCAUCAUCAGGUUCUGCAGCCUCCUCACGUCCAUCCACUUAGGUGGCGGGAAACUCGACAAGAAAUCGCUAGACAGCAUCGUCCUCGGAAAGCCACCCCCGAAAAGACAGACGGCGUUGCCCCGUUUAGCUAUUACGCCGCCUCGCACGCAUAUUGCGACUAUGCUAUUCAAAGCAUUCCCCUCGUCUGCUCCCGAAUUGCUCACGACAGUGGACCGCGCAAUUAUUCUCGGUGGCAUCGCGACUGUCCUCGGUUCUUUAGGGUUCCACAGGAAGAAGGCUCUUGUCGUGCGGGAAUUGGUGUCUGUAUUGAUCGGAGGACUAGUUGAAGCGAGGACGCGAGGGGCCGCCGAAGUCGGCAUACACCCUGCCGCCGGCUUAGUAGCUCUCAGCGUCGCCGCUAAUGGGCACGGGAACGGCUCUGGGGCCCUGGAUCUCGGAGAAGGAGAUAUAGAGUAUGGGAUCGACGCCUUCCUCGGGCUCCUUUGCAAGGUUCACGGGGUCGUCGGCGUUGACGGCUCCAUCUGCCAAUCUUCUAGCGAUUCGCCUCGGCUGAGUGAUACAGACGACGCCGUUAUCUCGAGAAUUCAGGAUCAGUCCUCUGCUAGGCACUUCGGCUUUACCAAUGCGAAGCUCAAUAUCCUUCGGGCGUGUAUCAAUUUUUCGGAAGCUUUACCGGACUUCAAUGGGGUGUUGAAGUUCUCAAGCGAUCUCUUGCGUACGGCCGGCAGCGGUGUCGCCCCAGGACCACGUCGCGAAGAUGCCGCCCCCAUAAUCACGAGAGAGGAGCAGAUCAGGCUGGUGACGAAUAUAUCCAAAACAUCUAAUUUAUCGCAGAGACUAGGGCUGGGCCAUCUGUGUGCGGAAUACUGGGAUGAGUUCCUAGUACGGGGGAUCACGAUGGAUCCUUUACCAUCGACAAGGACGCCAAUACCGCACUCUAAGAAUGUCUUACCGGGGGUAACAACUGCACGCACCUCGCAGGACGUAAAUCCCUUUAUCUAUAACCCGUUCACGAGAGCGUCGGAUAAGACCGUGGUAGAAAGGACCCUGGUUACCGGAGAAGAAGCUGUCUUCAGAGUUACGCUUCAGAACCCGUACGAAGUCGACGUAGAGAUCGAAAGCAUUAAAUUGGAUACUGAAGGGGCCGAAUUCGAGUCGUCUACGACAACUGCUACCCUAGGGCCAUACCGUACUCAGGUCCUCAAACUCACCGGAACACCAAGGGCAGCGGGCUCAUUGAAGAUUGCCGGCGCGAUUGUAAAAGUACACGGAUGCCGCGAGAGAAGAUUUCCAAUAUUCCCACAUCCUUGGGCUCCGGAUACAGAGAUUAAAACCAAGGGGGUUGGAUUGAACGCCUUGGGGCAAAAUAGACAAUUGCCAUCUUCUGGGCCUCCAUUACAACCAGACAACAUUGGGCUAAGUGUUAUUUCCGCACAGCCUGUUCUUGUCGUUAAAUCUACUACUCUCAUCCAAUCGUCAGUGAUGGUUUUAGAAGGGGAACUGCAAGUCUUCUCUGUUACACUUCAAAAUCUGUCGUUAUCCACGCCGGCCGACCUACUGCUUUUCUCCUUCCAAGAUUCGACCCAAGGUCCCUUACAGACAGCCCUAACGAGUAGAGACGCAACCCCUGCCGAGCUUUACGAAUAUGAGUUCAUCCUAGCCAGGAAACAGGCACUGAGAUUACGCAAGAUCGACGAUUCUAAAAGGUAUAUAGCGCCUGGGGCGACGGCUACUUUUGAUUUUGAGAUUCUUGGAAAGCCCGGCCUUACCAAUGGCACAAUUCAAGUUGACUAUGCGUAUCUUGGCGUGCCCCAGGCCGAGAUUAGCGACCAGUUCCAUACGCGUCAAGUCUGCCUCGACUUGACUAUCACCGUCAAUGCCAGCGUGGAGCUUGCGAGGAUGGAUAUUUUACCUGUGCAGGGUGUCGUGCCGAAGCCUAUCUGGAGCCGCCUAGGUGCGGAGGGCGUGGAGAUGGAAUCUUCGCAGUUUGACGAAGAGCACUGUUUACUGUUGCUCGAUCUGCGGAACGCCUGGCCAAGCGAUAUGCAGGUUUGCCUAAAGGCUGACAACGGGAUCAUGGUUCAAGAGCAUAUCUUGCCGGGUAACACGAACCGCGUCAUCUUUCCGGUGCCGAGGGUGUACAUAGAAAAUCCACACGCGUCGAUACCAGCGCUUAACCCUUCCCGUCAACGGCAGUUCGUCGUAAGCGCUAGCAAGAUCACACCGGAAACGGAGAGAAGUAACCGGGAGGCCUUUUGGUACCGGGAGAAGAUGCUCGAAAAGCUGUCAGGUUCUUGGAAAACGUUGUCUGGGCCAGCAAGGGAGGGUAACAUCGAGUUACGCGGCAUCCGCCUCGCGCCACGCGUGGUCGAGGCGAUCAAAAUCGACGAAGUCGGCAUCGAUGUCUCCGUCGAGGACCCACAAACAGAGGGCUCCUCGCAGGGAGGCCGUAACACGGUCUACGUGGACGAAUUUGCACGGGUCAGAGUCGUCAUCACGAACCGGAUGGACGAGCCGAUCCACCCGACCCUGCGGUUGCUGCCAUCGCUGCGCCACCGUCCCGUAAACGUGGCACUCGACUUCACGCGCCGGUUCGCUUGGAAUGGGACGCUGCAGCAGUCGCUCCCCCUCGUCGAGGCAAAAUCCAAGACAGAGGUCGUUGUUGGCGUUACGGCGCUGUGCCGCGGCGAGUUCGAGAUCUCGGCCUCGGUCGAGGAGACGCAUCUGUGGAGCCCCAGCACCACCUCGGGGAAGCAGAAGCGGCCCGGCCGCCGGGAGCGGAGCGACACCGAGAUCAUGAUGGAUGCCGUGCUCGGCGCAAAGGAGAGGAGGAUCUGGCACUCGCGGCGGCCGUGCGUCGUCAGCGUACGCGAUAGGGGGUCGGUGAGUUAGACAGGCGAAUACGUGGAUUUGGUUAAACGGGCGGACAAGUGACACGGGGGACAUACGUACGAGCGACGUCGAACGUCGGCAUAGAAGGACGAGGAGGAGAGGAGAGGGGCGAGGGGAACGAGGAGGGCGGCGAGUAGCGCGAAAGCGAUGUACAAGUAAAAUAGCGAACGUCAAAGAAGAAGAGAAGACCAGAAACAAGAGACACGAGAAGAUUUCUGAAGACGAAAUCCUCAGAGAAGUACGAUCGCCCACGCCCAGAGUACGGCCUACUGUUUGCCGUCGGCGCCGCCAUAAUUACCCAACCCCCCUGUCGGAAGACAGGAGGCAUGCCUCGUACGUCCGUGUCAAGCCAACUGCCGCGCUUGCUAUGGAGCAAAGAUUCCUGCUGCUUGUGCUGCCAACUUCCCCCUCCC